GCAUUAACCGGUUUCUGUGGUAUAGGGAUCCUUCUCACAAGUCAACCGUUGACUUUGUAUAUCAAGGCAUAAAGCUACAAAAAACAGCAGUAGCUGUAUUUGUUUGCUGUAAAUGCCUAGCAGCUAUAUAACGCUGGAUGCGACAGCCGCAAUACACGUCUAUGUGAAAAUUUUAACAUUACUGAACCAUUUUUUGGUAAACAACAAAAAGCUUAGUGUAAAGGAAUGCGAAGAAUGCAUAAGCGGUUUGCGAUGCUCUGUGUCUUUGUCGCUGUUCGCCUCGUCCGUGGUGACUUGAUUGAAAUAUUUCGAGAUGACUUCAACGACGACGUUCUGAACGAUGCCCUGUGGAUUAAACCACCACCCAUAGAAAUUCAGGGGAAUCUGUAUGAACCGGACAAUCUGCAUCUGCGAAACGGUCAACUGGUGCUGGGCACGGGCAGCCGACACAACGGAUCUGCGUUCAGACUGACGGGGACGCGGAUCAGCACGGGGAGCAAGUUCAACUUCACCUACGGGGAAAUGACCCUACGCGCCAAACUGCCCGUUCCCAGCAAUCAUCUAGCCACAUCGAUGAUCUUGCUGCAUCCAUGUAAGGACACUCCACAGCAUAACUGCACCGACGACGAAUUGGUACCCAUACCCGGGUUAGAGGGCAUAUCCGUUGCUACGCAUUUUCUUACCAGUAGGACCAUACAUAAGGAUGCCGCCGGUAACAGGAACCUCACCAGCGACCAUGUGCACAUUGAUGCGGAUCUUUCCGCGGAUUACCAUCUUUUUAAGCUGGUGUGGACGCGCGAAUUCCUGGGCUGGUUCGUCGACGACCAGCUAGUUAUCAAUGCCACCGUGCCCGGGCUGUCCACGUGGCCCAGGUUGUUCAUCGUGGUCGGACUGAUGAACGAGAUACUGUAUUCCGCGCCAGAGAACUUCCCCUACCAAGAAAACGCGGCGCCCUACCAAGAACUGCUAAUAGAUUACAUCUCGGUCCUUCAGUUCUCCAACACAACUCGGUCGAAUACUGGGAUUGCUUCAGGGAUGGUUUUAAGCAGCAUCGUACCGGUGAUCUUUGUCGUAUUGGCCUUGGCCCUCCUGUGGAUCCUUGUCAAACGGAAGCGAGCGAAGCACGGAAACAUGAAGAAAACUGCUAGUGUGGCCAACGUCCUGCAAAUGGCGAGCAGUGUGUUAUCCAGCUUAAGUGCGUACUCGCCUUUUCACGCACAGACAUCCACUUUCCAAGCGGAAUCUGCGCAAUGCGUUCAGUGUCUGGAGAUUCCUUUAGCCAGAGUGCAAUUAGUACACGGAACUCUCAGCGAAAGCGCAAGCUGUAUCGUGCAAAAAGGAUUUGUGGAAGGCUUGUACGGGGAAUGCAGUCUAACGGCUGCGGCGGUUAAACGUUCGGCAGCCCCCAGCAGCCAGCUGCGGCAACUGCGCGAGGAAGCGGAAAUUAUGGCAGCUAUUGGUCAACACAUGAACAUUAUUGCUCUGCUGGGAGUUAUCCUAAAAGGCAAACCGCUGUUGCUGUACGAAUGGGCGGAGUUUGGAACGCUUUCCAAUUACUUGAAAACACAUCGCGACGUCUGGUUCUACAAUCACAUCGAUCUGACCGGAGAGCUGUUGCCAUUCAACCAGGAAAUAGCCGACGAACGGCAGAGCGCUGCACUCCGAACUCCACCGGAAUUUGGUCUCAAUGGACACGAUCGGCUGCUUCUGUCCACGCGCAUUCUGCUACGCUUCGCUCAGCACAUCGCGCAAGGCCUGGAAUACCUCCACACUCGCUCCAUCAUCCACCGCGAUUUAUCGGCAGACAAUGUCUUGAUUUGCGGCGGACAAGUGGCCAAAAUUGGGGGAUUCGGAAUGGCAAAGCGUGCAACGGAGUAUAUCGCACUUAAUACUCAGGAAACGCUUAACACUCGCUGGUUGGCUCCAGAAUCGAUUAAGGAAAAGCGAUUUUCACCGAAUUCGGAUGUGUGGUCAGUGGGCGUGGUCCUGUGGGAAUUAUUCAGCGUGGGCAGCUCUCCGUACGCCGAUGCUGAAGUGGAUCUGUCUGAUGAAUUUGCUUUGUGGGCGUUGCUGAAAAACGGGUUGCGUUUGGAGAGACCGGCAGCGUGUCCUAGUUUUGUGCACUCUUUAAUGCGUGACUGUUGGAUGUGGACGCCAGAGGAACGAACGGACGCUGGUCGGUUAGCGGCGGCGCUGCGGAGCGUCAAUGAUAACACUGCCGACCAGGCGUACCUUCGUCUCGACUACUGGAACGCUGAUGCUUCGGAUGCAUGUCAACAAGAUUCGGCUGUAACCCCGUGACCUUGUAUCUACAAUUCGGGACUAACGUUUUCUAAUUAGUUGCUCAGACACGUUUCUUUAAUAAGCACUAUUAGAGCAUCGGCACUCCUUUCGUGAGUUUCGCUCACAACAAAACUGUCAUUUGCCAUAAACUGAUGGAGAUUUUUGGUAGAAUAAGCAACUGCAGUUCAGUAGAGAUUUGAUUACGGUGCGCCAAAUGGCUGCCAUUACAGGUUUUGUUUCUACGCAGAUAGGCACGAAUUAAUGAGUCCAAUCGUCGUUCAAGGAUUUCAAUAUAUGACCUUUAGACGUGUCGCAAACUGAUAGGCAACCUGCGAUUAACUGCAGAACGUCCCCGUCGACUGCUGUUCGCGCAGUCUGCGCAGCGACCCCACAGAGAGA